AUGAGGAGAGGAACUUUCUUCGUCGUUUUUCUCCUGCUUUCGUUUUUGUGCAUUGCUUUAUCUACUGAAGCCUCUCGAUGUGGCUCACCACUCGGAAUUUCGCGGACAAAUAUCACGAUACCAAAUAAUCGACUGACAGCCUCGAGCCAAGACCCGCAUUUUCCCGCGGCUUAUGGCCGACUUUACCUCACGGGUUGGGCCCCAAAAUCAGGGUACAAGGAGUUUUUUCCAUAUUUUCAAGUAAACCUGGGUGCUAUGCAUCUUGUUUGUGGAUUUGAAAUCCAAGGCUGUGUCGCUAUGGGGCCACACCCCAGCUGGGUAACAAGAUACAGGGUCCAGGUAUCACCUGAAAAGGACUAUUGGGACGACUGGAAUUUCAUAAAGCCGGAAUUUUACGGAAGCACAUCAGCCAGUGCGAAGCCGGUCUACAGCGAAGCGAAAGAACGAAAACUUGGGCAAUAUGUCAGAAUAUAUCCAGUAGCUAGCGAGAAGAGGAUAUGCAUGAAGGUAGAAGUCUAUGGAUAUGCUUUUGCCAAGGGUAUGGAUGUAUUUCUCCCUCUGUUCAAGCCUGAUGCCAUGACAUCAGAAGUGAACUACCGUCGAGAUUCCGUGAGCCGAGUGCACGAUGGGGGUUUAAAGGUAGAAGUGAAAAGCGGAAAAACAAUCGAAACUACGCAGCUUGGAGAGACUUGCCCGGUGCCAAUGAGUAGGCUGAAAUUUUUUGUACGAGUAUGGUUGAGAUUGUUACUGAAACACACCUAUUCAUUCCAGAUUAUUCCAGCCAUGGUGCCGUUAGAAGGAGAGCUGAGAGUUAACGCAUGCGUUCUCAUUGAGGUUGGACGUACUUACAAAUCAGGUCGCGUACAUGGGAUAUCAAGCGCCUCUGGAGAGCACUAUUUGAUAGAGAUCUUUGAUGAAGAUAAACCUCGAAAGUUCACAGUCAAACAAAUUUUUCCUUUUUUUAAUGCUUUGUGUAGUAAGUAUUUUUGUUUUUCAAUUCAUUGCCAUGUGUUACGAUCCACGGCAUAUUCUUUAGGAUACGUGGCGCUGUACACUUUAUCUCUAACCUCUGCUUUGAGGUUUAUUAUGAAUCUGCUUCCUGAUUGUUCGCUGAAAUGCAUUCCUUGCAAGAGCUGUGCGAUGUAUGCUGCAACUCGACCAAACUGCAAUGCGGAAACAUUCUCAACGUCGAUGCACCCUCCAAGGACGGUAUAUGGCAGGGAGAUACAAAGAUAUUUUGGAAGAUCAUUGCCUAACAAGUUUCCGACACAAAUACUAUCCGCAAAGAAAUACAUGUUGUAUAAAGUUACGAGAGAUCCUAGCUCGCUUUCCUGUGGGAGUACGGUCUUCCGAGUGGACUCCAAGAUUAUUUUGAAAGGGUACAGAGACACUAAGUUCACUGCAGUUUCUUACCAAAAGGAAAAAGAAUGGACAAAAAGAUUUCAAAUCCCCGACCAGGCCUACUUAGAGGAAAUUGAAAGUGGUAACCAGGUCUGGUACUUCGAUCGCGUGCGUGGUUGUGAUAGGACAGCAUAUGUUAAAUCAGUUGUGAAAAAGAAGGGAGUGCUACAUGACAUUAUAACGGAUACAGACGAUGUGCACAUUGCACCUAAUGACAUUCGUAAACCAUAUUUUCCAGAUAAGUGCAUAGUACUUAAUUGUGAUGACAGCAGACGUCCUGACGUGAGAAGAAAUAUAGUGUGUCCAAGCCAAUUGAUUUAUCGGCAUCCCGUAGUAGGUUGUAAAGGAGUGAAUGCGAUCUGUACGACUGGUUUUGCGGCAUGUGCACGGAAUACCGUCUGCAAAGAUAUCCCAAAGUUUUACAAGUGCUCAUGCCGCACGGGUUUCUCGAGUAAAGACCCCCGCAGAGAAAAUUGUCGCGACAUCGAUGAAUGCGCGAAAGGAUUAUGUCAUAAGAAUGCGCAAUGCGACAACACUCAAGGGAGUUUCUCUUGUCGCUGCCGGUACGGAUACGUGGGUGACGGCAAGAAAAAAUGUGACUUCAAAGAUGAGUGCAAAGUUGCUGCUAACAAGCGAUUGUGCGAAAGCUACAAACACUCUGUCUGCGUGAGUCAUCUUGGUGGAUUCAAAUGUAAAUGUAAAAAAGGAUACUACGGAGCUAAUUUUAAAUCUUGUAAACCGGCCGACGAAUGCGAACUUGGCAUCCACAAAUGUCACAAAUGGGCCAAAUGUCUGAAUACGAAAAAGAGUUAUAACUGCAAAUGUAGAUUGGGUUUCGAUGGAAAUGGACGGAGCAGAUGCAAACCACGCUUUUACUGUCUGAAGAAAAUGCCCGAAUGUGACCUUGAAAAGGGAACUUGUGAAAAAACUUCAAAAGGAGAGUUCACUUGUAAAUGCAAACGUGGUUACCAUGGAAUCGACAACUACUGCUUGGAUAUCAAUGAGUGCCAGAAUGAUAUAUGUAAUAAAAAUGCAGAGUGUAAGAACAUUCCAGGAAGUUACUCAUGUACUUGCAAGAAAGGAUUCCAAGGAAAUGGCUUGUCAUGCUCGGAUAUCGACGAAUGUAAAACUAGAAGGGCGUGUGGUAAAAAUGAAGAAUGUGUGAACUACGAGGGAUCAUUCUUGUGCAACUGUAAGAGCGGGUACUACGGAAAUCCUCCAUCUGAAAAAUGCAAAGACAUAAAUGAAUGCGAGCAAGGGGCUGAAUGCAAGCGGGAGAACUCAGAAUGUGUGAACACCGUAGGUAGCUACGACUGUGCCUGUGCCAGCGGAUAUUCCGGCGAUGGAAACCUUUGUGAAGAUAUCGACGAAUGCAAGAAUGAUGUAUGCGAUAAAGGUGCAGAGUGUAAAAACAUUCAAGGAAGUUACUCAUGUACUUGCAAGAAAGGAUUCCUAGGAAAUGGCUCGUCAUGUUUUGAUAUCGACGAAUGUAAAACUGAAAAUGUGUGUGGUGAAAAUGCGGUAUGUGUGAACAACAAAGGAUCAUUCUGGUGCAACUGUAAGAGCGGAUUCUACGGAAAUCCUCCAUCUGAAAAAUGCGAAGAUGUCGAUGAAUGCGAAGUAAUAGACUGCGGUUAUGGAUAUAACUGCACCAACACUGUGGGGUUUUAUGUCUGCUCUUGUGCCGAAGGCUUCCAUCUGAGCAAGGAAAAUCAGGAAGAAUGCGAGGAUAUUAAUGAGUGUGAUACCGAUGACCCGUGCCGUGAAAACGGGGAAUGCGUAAAUGAAAUUGGAAGUUACACAUGUCACUGUGAUAACGGCUACAACUUCAACAUGACGUACAAAGAAUGUCAAGACAUAAACGAAUGCGAGCAAGGGGCUAAAUGCGUGGAGAACUCAGAAUGUGUGAACACUGCAGGUAGCUACGACUGUGCCUGUGCCAGCGGAUAUUCCGGCGAUGGAAAAUACUUUUGUGAAGAAACUGAUGCGACGGUGAGCAUCUCAAACCAGGCUGAUAAGGUGUUCUCUGUCUUCUUUGUUUCCCUCUCAACUGUUCUGCUGACAGAUUCUUAAAAUUUUGACAUGUUUCUCACUUUGCACCUUUCUUGGAUCCAACAUAAACGUUUCUUUUCAACCUGACUGUCUUUAGCAACUGAUGCGACGUUGAGCAUCUCAAACCAGGCUGAUAAAGUGUUCUAUGUUUUCUGUGUUUCCCUCUCAGCUGUUCAGAUGAAAGAUACUUAAAACAUUGAUACGUUUCUC